AUGAAGCUUACUGCUCUUCUUUCCCUGGCCGCUGCGGUAGCGGCAUUGCCGACUACAACCGAUGUAGUGCCCCGAGCUUCGAUAUCGAAAGCUGAUGGAACCAAGUUCAACAUUGACGGCGUCACAAAGUACUACGCCGGCACGAACAGCUACUGGAUUGGAUUCCUCACCAAUGACAACGAUGUCGACGUCAUUAUGGGUCAUCUAGAGACCUCUGGCCACAAAAUCCUCAGAGUAUGGGGGUUCAACGAUGCGAAGUCUCCUCAGUCAGGCCAAGUAUACUUCCAAUCCUUCUCUGGUUCCACCGCAUCCGUCAACACUGGCGCUCUCGGUCUGCAGCGCCUUGACGCGGUCGUCAAAGCCGCAGAGAAGCACGGUAUCAAGCUCAUCAUCAACUUUGUCAACAACUGGACGGAUUACGGUGGCAUGGCAGCCUACUACUCCGCCUGCGGCGUCAGCAGCAACGCGCAAUGGUAUCAAGCCGCCAAGUGCCAGACUAUGUAUCAAGCCUACAUUAAGGCCGUUGUGUCUCGGUACCGGAACUCCAACGCUGUCUUUGCGUGGGAACUGGCGAACGAGCCGCGCUGCAAUGGCUGCCAGACGUCAGUGCUCACAGACUGGAUCCGCAAGACGUCAGACUACAUUCGCUCGCUCGAUUCAGACCACAUGAUCACCGUUGGCGACGAAGGCUUUGGUCUCGCUGGUGCCACUACGUACCCGUAUCAAUAUGGCGAGGGCAUCGACUGGCGGGCGAAUCUUGCGCUCCCCAACAUCUCCUUCGGCACCUUCCACUUGUAUGUCGAUUCCUGGGGCGUCAGCAACGACAAGGCGUUCGGCGACAAUUGGGUCGCCGCUCAUGCAAAUAUUUGUAAAGAGCUCAACAAGCCGUGUCUGUUUGAGGAAUACGGUGUCACGAACGCGGCGGACCAUUGCCCCGUGGAGAGCGGAUGGCAGAAGAAGAGUCUUUCGCUGAGGAACGAUGGCAUGGCGGGCGAUUUGUUCUGGCAGCUAGGGGAUAAGAUCCAAAGCACGGGACAGCAAACGCAUAACGAUGGGCAUACCAUCUAUUAUGGAAGCGCAGAUUGGACGUGCCUUGUGGACAACCAUGUCAAGAAUAUUGGGUAG